AUGGACGCGGUGGUAAUUAUAACAGUAGUAAAGCCAACGGUGGUCGUGCGAGUGCCAACAACCACCCUGACGACGUACAAGGAAAAUGCACUUGCUGUGGUUACAACGAAAAAGGAUGGUGCAUCAGCAUUUGAAGUAGAUGAGAAAAAGAGACGCCCUAUUGAUGAAGCAGCUGGGAUAGUAGGGAGUGAAGAUCUUGAGGUAGCAGAUGGUCAUGAUUUCUCAAUUGCUGACAGCGGCGGAGUUGGAGGAAGUGUAGGAGGAGGUGGAAGUGGAGGCGGUGGCAGUCAUGGUGGCGGAAGUAGUGGAAGUGGAGGCUAUGGUGGUGGAAGUGGAGGGGGAAGCAAGGGAGGUGGCGGCAGUGGAAGUGGUGGUGGUAGCAAGGGAGGAGGAGGCAGUGGAAGUGGUGGUGGUGCCCAUGGAGGAGGUAGCAAAGGAGGUGGUAGUAGCGGCGGAGGGAGCGGAGGUAGUGGAGGUGGAGGAAGUAAAGGAGGUAGCGGUAGCGGUGGCGGGAGUAAAGGAGGUGGGGGAAGUGGAGGUGGUGGUGGACAUGGCGGGGGCAGCGGAGGAAGCAAAGGAGGAGGAAGUAGCGGGGGUGGAAGCCAUGGAGGUGGUAGCAAAGGAGGAGGAAGCAGUGGUAGUGGUGGUGGAAGCAAAGGAGGUGGUGGUAGUGGAGGUAGUGGUGGUGGAAGUAAGGGAGGUGGCAGUAGUGGAGGCGGAAGCAAAGGAGGCGGUGGUAGCGGAGGUGGUGGAAGCGGGGGAGGAAGCAAAGGAGGUGGUGGAAGCGGGGGAGGAAGCAAAGGAGGUGGUGGAAGCGGGGGCGGAAGCAAAGGAGGUGGUGGAAGCGGGGGCGGAAGCAAAGGAGGUGGUGGAAGCGGAGGCGGAAGCAAAGGAGGAGGUGGAAGCGGAGGCGGAAGCAAAGGAGGAGGUGGAAGCGGAGGAGGAGGAAGCGGUGGAAGUGGACACGGCGGGAGUGGCGGAGGUGGACAUGGCGGAAGUGGAGGCGGAGGACAUGGUGGAGGUAGCAAGGGUGGGGGCGGAAGUGGAGGAGGGGGGCACGGAGGUGGUAGCAGCGGAAGUGGUGGAGGUAACAAAGGUGGGGGCGGAAGUGGUGGUGGAGGAUAUGGUGGAGGUAGCGGUGGAUCUCGAGGAGGUGGUGGUGGAGGCGGCGGCAGCGGAGGUGGUCUAGAAUGA